AUGUGGCAACCUAAACAGUGCGGGAUGGAGAUGAAACCUGAAGCUUCUGGGCAAGGUCGAAAACGGAAAUACUUGGAUGAAGGUGGGAUGGAGAUCAAGUCUGAAGCUUUAGGACAAGGUAAAAAACCAAAAUGCCAGGAUGAGGGUGGAACAGGUUUGGAGUUUGAAGAGCCCAGCAAAACUCAGAAGAGGAUACCUCAGGAACAGCAAGACCGAGAGCUUCAAAGUCAACAGCCAGGCAAGGAUGAGCUAUGGGAACUCCAUCAAGAAACUCUAAGACAACUAAAGCCCCUAGAGUGGGCCACAGGUCCACAGGAGCAGGCUGUAACUGGGAGAGAGUCUGGGGAUGGUGGCAAGGGUCGCAAGCGGCCCUGUUGCAUCAUGGAGGAAUAUGCCAAAAACCACCAAAGGCAAAAGUACCAAAGGUUACUGCAGCACCUUCCGCCCCGUGAUAAUAUGAAAUCUGAACCACAGAGGGUUCACACAACCCUGGUGGACACCUUGAAGAUCAAAGGGUGUGUGGAAGGGCACAGUCACGGAUCCAGAACGACUCAGUGUGAUCCUAAACAAUCCACUGCUGUUACCACAAAGGAAUGUGUCUCACCAGACUUGAGAGUGAGGGCGUGUACAGAGAACUCUUCUGAUACACAGAAGAAAGAUGCAGUAAACCUUGAAGGAAGAAGAGGACACCACUUGGAGCCUGACUUGCCAAGAGCAGAGGCUCAAGUCUUCCUGCACAGUGGCAGCAGUAGGUCACUCCCCAACAAGAUGCCAGUAGUUAUGGCAGAGAAAAAUCCUGUAGCAGAACAGGAAAAGGGCAGAGGAACGGAUGAAGUCCUUAAUGUUACAGAGGACAUGGAAAAGGAAAUAAGAAAUGCACUGGGUCCAGGACCCCAGGAGGAAAUCUUAACGAGUGCAUUCAAACUGCAUAUUACUCGAGGAGAUAUCCACACCCUAGAGAAUGGUGAGUGGCUCAAUGAUGAGGUCAUCAAUUUUUACAUGAAUCUUCUGGUUGAGAGAAAUAACAAAAAAGGGUACCCGGCUAUUCAUGUGUUCAGCACUUUCUUUUACCCCAAACUAAAGCAUGGCGGCUACUGUUCUGUUAAACGAUGGACUCGAGGAAUAAAACUGUUUGAAAAAGAAAUUAUUCUAGUACCUAUUCACCAGAAGGUACAUUGGAGCCUGAUAGUAAUCGACCUAAGAAAACAAAGUAUCGUAUACCUCGAUUCAAUGGGACAGACAGGGCAGAGCAUUUGUGAGACCAUCUUUGAAUAUUUACAAAAUGAGAGCAAAACUCGAAGGAACAUUGAGCUGGACCCUUUGGAAUGGAAAAGAUACAGUAUGACUUCAAAGGAGAUUCCUCAACAACUGAAUGGGAGUGACUGUGGAAUUUUUACUUGUAAAUAUGCAGAUUACAUUUCUAGAGACCAACCACUUACCUUUUCUCAGCAACACAUGUCCAUCUUUAGGAAGAGGAUGGUGUGGGAAAUCCUGAAUUGUCACUUACUGUAA